UCCAUGAAGAGGUACAACGUGAAACUUUUGAGGACUAUAUUUUAUGUAUUAUCCUCACCAAUGAUCCUGUGAUGUGGGGUUGUCAAGAGUGGUUUUCCCUCCCCGAUCUACUCAGAACAUGGCCCGGGGCGACGUGUGAAACCUUUCCAAACGGAGCCUAUUGCAGCCCACACACUUCCACUUUUGGGCACCACUCUACUGGGCCUCCUCGAAGCCAGAAGAAGAAGAAGAAGUCAUCCUUGUUGGAGAUGGAGAAGUUGGCCUUGCUGCUGCUGCUUUGCCUCCCGCAUGUUGUGGUGCGCCUGAGCAGUGCACAGCGUCGUCAUCCUGCGCGCGCACGGCCGGACCCGUGGAAGCGGCGGUUGGAGUGGGAGAACAACGGACGGGUGUACAGUUUACUGAGCACGGGGACCCAGUACAGAGCGCCCGCGCAAUCCAGAGGCCGAACCCAGGUCCUGUUGACCACCAUCGACCGAGCUCACCUCAAGCCUCCGCCGAGAGCAUCCGGUCACGUGGACGCUGCCGAGGCGCGUCACAAUUCGGUUCCAAGGGACCAACCGUGGACGCCCCGAAGCGCAGCGGUCUCCGCCGGUCAGGAGUUCUCCGGAGCGGGACAAAACACAUCUGCGGACGACACCGGCGCCUCCACGCAACCCUCUGCGUCUUUUACGCACACACCCGAACCGGUGAAGCAGACGCCUUUAGCCACGGUUGCCAGUAAUGAUGGAGGGGACGCGACACAAGCUCCAAACACAGAGCGCAGAGCUGAACCGGAACCAACUGACCCACCGGCGACACUGUCUAGAAAUGUGGUCGAGGUACAUUACACUCAACAGAGAACCGAUCCGAUCCGUACCACCACGGACACGAGCCAGCCACGGCGGGAUCCACACGGUAUCCAGCACAGGAACUCGGUUUUCUAUAACGUUUACCCUCCGGACCAAAGGAACAGGGUCCCCGCGCGACCGGUUCUACCAGGACCGGGCCACGGUACCAGCUUCUUCCAUAACGGUCUCCCAGACUUGAUUCCUGACCCGUAUUACAUCCAAGCUGCGUCAUAUAUUCAGAGAGUGCAGAUGUUUGCACUCCGCUGCGCCGCAGAGGAGAACUGCCUGUCCAGGUCUGCAUACCAUCCGAGUGUGGGUGAGCUGGAUUACAGGGUUCUUCUCAGGUUUCCCCAGCGUGUGAAGAACCAAGGAACAGUGGACUUCCUCCCAAAGAAGUCCAGACACGAGUGGGAAUGGCACAGCUGUCAUCGGCACUACCACAGCAUGGAGGCCUUCAGUAACUACGACCUGCUGGAUCCCUCCAAUGGACGCAAAGUGGCCGAGGGCCACAAAGCUAGUUUCUGUCUGGAGGACACGUCAUGUGAACGUGGCGUGCGGAGGCGCUUUGCCUGCACCGCUCACACGCAGGGGCUCAGUCCAGGUUGCUUUGACACCUACCACGCCAACAUCGACUGCCAAUGGAUCGACAUCACCGACGUGCCGCCAGGAAACUACACACUCCAGGUGACUGUGAACCCCUAUAAACUCGUCGAGGAGUCGGAUUUCUCGAACAACGUGGCAAAGUGUGACAUCCGGUACACAGGAAUCUACGUGCAAGCAGCAAACUGCAGGAUCACAAAGGGUCGCCACAGCGUGUCAUCCUUUUCCAUGGAAGCCUCUUUCCUGCAUCCUCCUCUCGAACACCAACUGCCCUCAUGUCUUCCCUCAUGACAUCCAUCAACCUUCUCUUUGGUCUUCCUCUAGCUCUCGCCUGGCAGCUCCAUCCUCGUCACCUUUCUACCAAUAUACUCAUUAUCUCUCCUCUGGACGUGUCCAAGCCAUCGAAAUCUGCUCUCUCUAACUUUGUCUCCAAAACAUUUCCAAUUUUAUCCAACCUGGUCACUCCGAGAGCGAACCUCAAUAUCUUCAUCUCCGCCACCUCCAGCUCUGCUUCCUGUUGUCUCUUCAGCGCCACUGUCUCUAAUCCGUACAUCAUGGCUGACCUCACCACUGUUUUAUAAACUUUGCCCUUCAUCCUAGCAGAGACUCUUCUGUCACAUAACACACCUGACACCUUCCUCCACCCGUUCCAACCUGCUUGGACCCGUUUCUUCACUUCCUGCCCACACUCACCAUUGCUCUGGACGGUUGCUUGCUAUCUCUUCUCCCUGUAGCCUCACUCUUCCCCCACCAGCCCUCUCAUUCAUGCACAUAUAUUCUCUUACUUUGGCUCAUCUUUAUUACUCUCCUUUCCAGUGCAUGCCUCCAUCUUUCUAACUCUUCCUCUACCUGCUCCCUGCUUUCACUGCAGAUCACGAUGUCAUCUGUGAAUAUUAUGGUCCAUGGGGACUCCUUAACCUCAUCUGUCAGCCUAUCCAUCACCACUGCAAACAGGAAGGGGCUCAGGGCUGAUCCCUGAUGCAGUCCCACCUCCACCUUAAACACCUCUGUCACACCUACAGCACACCUCACCACUGUUCUGCUGCCCUCGUACAUCCAUCCAUCCAUCCAUUUUCUGAGCCGCUUCUCCUCACUAGGGUCGCGGGCGUGCUGAAGCCUAUCCCAGCUAGCAUCGGGCAGGAGGCGGGGCACACCCUGAACUGGUUGCCAGCCAAUCCCAGGGCACAUCGAAACAAACAACCUUUCGCACUCACAGUCAUACCUACGGGCAAUUUAGAGUCUCCAAUUAAUGCAUGUUUUUUGGGAUGUGGGAGGAAACCGAAGUGCCCGGAGAAAACCGCACGCAGGCACGGGGAGAACAUGCAAAAUCCACACAGGCGGGGCCGGGGAUUGAACCCAGGUCCUCAGAACUGUGAAGCUUACGCUCUAACCAGUCGGUCACCGUGCCGCCGCCCUCGUACAUGUCCUGUAUUAUUCUAACAUACUACUCUGCCACUCCAGACCUCCGCAUGCAGUACCACAGUUCCUCUCCGGGUACUGUAUCAUAGGCUUUCUCUUGAUCCACAAAGAAAAAAUGUAGCUCCGUCUGACCUUCUCUGUACUUCUCCAUCAACACCCUCUGUGGUACUGUGGUACUCUUUCUAGGGAUGAAACCAUACUGUUCCUAACAAAUAUUCACUUCUAUCCUGAGUCGAGCCUCUACUACUCUUUCUCAUAACUUCAUUGUGUGGCUCUUGAACUUUAUUCCUCUGUAAUUCCCACAGCUCUGCACAUCACCCUUGUUCUUAAAAAAGGACAACAGCACACUUUCCUCCAUUCCUCUGGCAUCUUCUCACCCGUUAGAAUUCUGUUGAACAAGCUGGUCAAAAACUCCACAGCCACCUCUCCUAGAUGCUUCCGUACCUCCACAGGAAUGUCAUCAGGACCAACUGGCUUUCCAUUUGUAUCCUCUUUAAUGCCUUUCUAACCUCCUCCUUACAAAUCAUUGUCACUUCCUGUUCCACCACACUUGCCUCAUCUACUCUUCCUUCUCUCUCAUUUUCAUCAACUCCUCAAAGUAUUCUUUCCAGUUAUCCAGCACACUACUGGCACCAGUCAACACAUUUAUAUGUAUGUUCUUAAUCACUCUAACCUGCUGCACGUCCUUUCCAUUUGUAUCCCUCUGUCUGGUCAACCUUUAUAGAUCUUUUUCUCCUUCUUUAGUGUCCAACCUGGCAUACAUGUCAUCAUAUGUCUCUUGUUUGGCCUUUGCCACCUCUACCUUCACCCUACGUCACAUCUCCAUGGCUUCCUUUCCCUUCUCCUCAGUCCCACUUCUUCUUAGCUAACCUCUUUCCUUGUAUGAUGAUUUCCUGUACUUUGAGGUUCCACCACCAAGUCAAGUCUCCUUCUCUCCUUUUCUGCCAGAAGAUACACCAAGUACUCUCCUGCCUGCCUCUCUGAUCACCUUAGUUGUAGUGGUCCAGUCUUCUGGAAGCUCCUCCUGUCCACCGAGAGCCUGUCUCACCUCUUCCCGAAAAGCCGCACAACACUCUUCCUUUCUCAGCUUCCACCACAUGGUUCUCUGCUCUGCCUUUGUCUUCUUAAUCUUCCUCCCCCCCACCAGAGUCAUUUUACACACCACCAUCCUAUGCUGUCUAGCCACACUCUCCCCUACCACUACCUUACAGUCAGUGCAGUCAGAUUUCAUCGUCUGCACAAGAUGUAAUCCACCUAUGUGCUUCUACCUCCGCUCUUGUAGGUCACCCUAUGUUCCUGCCUCUUCUGAAAAAAAAAAGUGUUCACUAAAGCCAUUUCCAUCCUUUUUGCAAAGUCUACCACCAUCUGUCCCUCCAAGUUCCUUUCCUGGAUGCCGAACUUACCCAUCACUUCUUCAUCACCCCUGUUUCCUUCACCAACAUGUCCAUUACACGUGCUGGACCCUAUUCCAGCUAUCUUCGGGGGAGAGGCGGGGUACACCUUCAACUGGUCACCAGCCAAUCGCAGGGCACAUAUAAACAAGCAACCAUUCACACUCACAUUCACACCUACAGACAAUUUAGAGACUUCAAUAAACCUACCAUGCAUGUUUUUGGAAUGUGUGAGGAAACCGGAGUACCCGGAGAAAACCCACGCAGGCACGGGGAGAACAUUAAAACUCCUCACAAGCGAGGCCAGGAUUUGGACCUGGGUCUUCAGAACUGUGAGGCAGAUGUGCUAACCAGUCGUCCACCCUUCCACCUUACCAGAUUAUUGUUGUGAUUUUAUUUUUCCAUUUGUGACCCGCUUAUCCUCACAAGGGUCGCGGAAGUGCUGGAGCCUAUCCCAGCUAUCUUCGGGCAGGAGGCGGGGUACACCCUGAACUGGUUGCCAGCCAAUCGCAGCAUUUUAUUUUUAUUUUUACAAAAGUGAAGUACAAUGUGUGAAUACUUUUGCCACCUCUGUAAAUGGUGUAUAAAGGGCAAAAUAAUAAAACUUAUUUCAUUGUCCAAAUAUAUCUGGACCUAACAAGAGACUGACUCCACUCCCUUUCCCCUCUGGAAGGGAGCUACAGGGUGAACCUGAAUGGCUGGGACACAGCCCUCCCCUCCUCCUUUUCCCCUCACUGUUGACGCUGUUUGCUUAGGACAGGUCGUCGUGUUCGGCUUGUAGGGCACGCGGGUCGGACAGAGCUGUCUGUCAGCAUUCCGUCUCCACCCCAAAUGGCAAGGAGGAGAGACAUUUCACAGAUCCGCAGCCCAAGGAGGAGAGCAACACUGCGAAAUACAGUAUGUACGUCGUCAGCAUGCUGUUCUUAUCUUGACGUGUGUGAGGCUCACAGUGACCAAAUGUCAGAGCAACAGUGACACAACAGUGACACAAGAUGAACCUCGGAAGUCCUCACUCUACCUGAGGGGUAAUUUUGUUUGCAAAAGCAGUCUUUGCAAAAUGCAUCAAUACUUAAUUGCUAUCAUGCUGCACACAAUACGAUGAACAUGGUUCAUCGUAUUGCUAAAUUAAUGCUGAGAUGCAUCAAAAGCUGUCAAUCAUCACAAGUCAAGACAGACUCAACAACAAAUUAAUAAAACUGAUGUACUGAUAUAGUCUGUUUGUAGGGGUAGAUUGAUAUUGACUUGCGCAUGCUGUAACCUGUGGGGCCACCAAAUUUCCCAUCAGAAAAAACAAAUACAUUGGAAUUAAAUCACAUAAAAUACAAAUGGUUAAGUUAUCUUUAAUUUUAGAUAAUCUUUUAUAUUAUUCACUAUUUCUUGUUAUAUAACAACUCACCACUGUGUGAGAUAAAAAAUACUUCAGGGUAAUGUACAAUAAUGUUAUACAUAUUACAAACAGCAUGUAUCAAUUAUGCACAUAAACAUUAUUACCCAUUUUUAUACCUUUGAUU